UGUUUGAUUUAAAAUUCAGGGUUGUGGGGUUAGAUUAUAUAGAAAAUCUGUUGGGGGAUGGAUUUGUUUAUUAUAUUUUGAAUUUUCUUGAAUUUUGAUUGAAUUUUUCCUAAAUUUUGUUCAUUUUCUGUAUAAUUUUGUAAUUUCUCUUUGUUUUGCUUGAAUCAUUCUGAUUAUAUUUAGGGGGUGUUUGGUAUAGGUUUUUUAAAGGGGUGGAAACGGAAUCAUGUUAGUGUUUCCGUUACAUUGUGUUUGGUUACGGACUAAAUUAACACAAACCGUUAGUAAGUGGUAACCAUUUCCACCCAAUUGUUUCCGCCGUAAUGAGUGAGGAAACAAAUUCUCUUUCCUUCCUUUAACACAAAAAAUACAGAAAACUCUUCUCCCUCCUCUUCGCUCGCUCGAUUUUCUACUGCAAAUCUCUAGAUCUUGCUAGACGAUUCUACAAGGAAAGCUGCAAUUCUCCAGAUCUUGCUCCUAAAUUUUCAAUUUUCUACUGCAAAUAUCAGGUUUGCUAUCUUCAUUUCUCUCGUUCAAUUUCUAGGGUUCAUGCAAUAUCAAUUUUGCCGUUUCUGGUUUGAAUUAUUUACUUGCUUGUUCGAUUGAAUUUUUUUUUUAUCUUUUGUUGAUUUUCUGCUGAAUUUGAUAGUAUAUAAUUAUAUAUUGCUAUUAUUGCUAUAAUUGUUGAUUAUUGCUAUACUCGCUCGACAAUAUACAUGACUCUGAUUUAGAUAUAAUUACAAUGUUGUAUUUGCUAAUCUGCGUGAUUGGUGGAGCAUUCUUUGUUGAUUAACUAGAUAUUGAUAUAAUUACUAUGUUUUAUUUGCUAAUCUGCGUGAUUGGUGGAACAUUCUUUGUUGAUUGCUGUUGUUUUGCUGUUUAUCGGGUUCAAGGGUUGGAGGUGAACUUAUGAGAGGUGGAUGGGGUUUCUGGUGGUGAGGAUCGGUGGUGUUUUUGAUUGGGGAAGUGAAUGUCAUGGUGAUGGUGGUUUUUGGGUGAGUUUUGAAGUUAAGGAUGGUAGUAUAUUUUACCUGGAACGCCUGGAAACGUAUCAGUAUCAAGUGAGUAAUUCGACAAUGGGAUGACGAAUGAUUUCAUCCGAUUUGUGCAGUAUUUGGAUAUUCAUAAUAGCUGUCAAUUUUUUUUGUUUUUUUAUUUUUGUUUUUCGGAAAGAGUCAAAUGCAGUAGUUUUUCUACUAUUAAAUCUCCAAUUUUAUUGAACUUCAUUUAAACAUCAUACCAUCAAGCCAUCUACUUGAUUAAUAAUGUAUAAUUCGUAUGUAUGAACUAAAUGAUAUUGGUUAUGAUUUUUUUUUUCCUUUAUUAUAUGGGGGACAGGGGUUGGCUUGGGUAGAUUAAUUUAUAAAUUCUUAAACGAAUGUCUAAUUGGUAUUGAUUGAUGUUAACACACCAAAUUAUUUCUAUCUAAUUGAUAGAGGAUAUUGCGUGCUUAUUAUAUAUAUUCAACCUCUUAUAUGUUGUAAUUGCGUGCUUAUUAUAUAAUAAAUAAAAUCAUUUUCUAGUUUUCUAUCGCAGACGAUUACCUCAUGUAUGUUAUUGCUCCAUCCGGCCAAAAAUCAGAUUAUGUUGAUCGAUGAUGUAUUUGUUUCUUGUAUUUUAAUGGUUUUUGAUGGGUAAUAUAUUGAUACUAUUGUAUAUUUUUUGGACUAGUUUUUCAAGAUUUCUACAAUGCCCCGACUUAUGCGUUCCUCAAGGAAGAAAAAGCUAAAACAAAUACAACUAGUUAUUUCAAUGGUUAUUAUUAAUUUGAUGAUGUAUUGGAUGUGGCAUAUGAUGUGUGUUGUUACAAUAAAGGGUGUUCAAUUGAAAGAAAGAAAAAGAAACAAAAAGUUGCUACGAAUGUUAGUUUUGAGAGGGCUUUAUAAAGAGAGUGAUGUGAAAUGCAAGAGUGAGCUUCGCGUUAAUAGAAGAACUUUCAAUAUUAUUUGUGAGAUGCUUAGAGACAUUGGUGGUUUGAGUGGAACAAAAAACAUGUCACUUCAAGAGAUCGUAGCCAUGUUUUUAUACACGUUGGCUCACCACAAGAAGAAUAGGUCUAUUGGACAAUAUUUCUUUAGAAGUGGAGAAACCGUGAGCCGACAAUUUCACCUUUGUCUAAGGGCUCUUCUCAAAUUACACGAAGUAUUACUUUACAAUCCCACACCAAUAUUAGAAUUUAUUACAAGUGUUGCUACUUCGGAUCAUUGGACCAAUUUUAGAAACAAAUUAGCCCAAGAUAUGUUUAAUGAUUGGAGGGCGAGAGGUAGACAUGGUCAAUAGCAAAAAAUGAUGGAGGCUAGCAAUCGAGGAAGAGGUAAAAAUAAAAGGUAUUGGACGUAUGAAGAAGAUGCGGUUCUAAUAAGAUAUUUGCAUGAGUUGAGUUGCGAUCCGAAGUGGAAGUGUGAUAAUGGGUUUAAGAAUGGUUACAUGAAUAAGUUGGAAGAGAUGAUCAAUGGUGUACUUCCUAAUUGUGGCUUGAGAGCAGUUCCCCACAUUGAGUCGAGGAUCAAGCAUUGGUCGGAGAAAUAUAGUGCAUUUGCAGAAAUGCUAUCCACCUCGGGAUUUGGAUGGGAUGCUGAGAAGAAAUUGUUGCAAGUAGACAAGGUCGUGUACGAUGAAUGGGUGAAGACUCAUAAGAAAGCUAAAGGGUUGUUUGGAGUUCCAUUCAUUCACUAUGAAACUCUUGCGGAGAUAUACGCAAAAGACAAAGCUACCGGAGAUGCAAGUGAGUCGUUUGUUGAUGCUAUAGAAGAAAUGGGUCAAGAGAUUGAUAAGAAACCAUUCAAUGUCGAGAGUGAUGAAGAAGAUGAUGUGAAUUCUACUCAUUCGGACACUUAUUCUUCUACAAGUCAAUCCGGAAAACACCCCAUGAAGAUAGAGGAUGAUCAUAUAACUCCUUCAAAAAUGGCAAAAGUGAAGGCUUCUACAAUUCAUUCUUCCGCAAGUGAUUCUACUACUCAAUCCGGAAAACCCUCUAUAAAGGCGAAGGAGACUAAGGUGAAAGGAAAGAACAAGGUAAAUUUGAAGAGUUUGUGUAGGAAUGAUGAUGAUGAUUUGGUGGCCUCCCUCCAUGAUUGUUCCAACAAUUUUGGGAAGAUAUUUGAAAAUAUCAAUGUUAAUCUCGGGACUAUGGCUAGUGCAUGGUCUAAAGCGGAAGAAAGGGAGCAAAGAAUGGAUGAAAAGGUGAACAAGGUAUUGGACGAGGUGAUGAAGUUAGAUGGCAUUUCUCCAUCCGAAGCUUUAGAGGUUGCUACUAUUCUCAUGGCGGAAGAACAUAAGCUUCGCAUCUUCUAUCAAGCACCAUUUAAUAUGAAAAUACAAUAUGCAAUUGAUCUUCUUAAGAAGAAGUAGCAACUUGAGCAAUGUCUUUGUUUUUUUGUUGAACAUAUGCAACUUGAGCAAUAUAGGUUAUUUUAUUAUUAGUCAAUGUUUGGAUAAUUAAUGAGUGUCAA